UAGUCUGUCGAUCUUUCCUGUGAAAAGAAAAGACAGGGAAUUGUGAAGGAGGUGCCACAAGAUCCACAAAUUACAGCACUUCAAACAGGCUGGCAGAUUAGCGAGGACGGCCCAGAUUAAACGGAACGUCGCGGGGGACACAAACAAAGGCGACAAUCCGGUCCGUCGGCGCAUGGGUAAUAAGUGCCGGGGCCAUGGCGGAUACCAAGCGCGCCGUGGUACGGGAGUUUUACCGGCGUUUCUGACCGAAAGAAAACGAGAUGUAGCCACUUCUGCGAACUUUCCAAACGAAACCAGACAGCGGAGAUAUCCGAGUGCCCGUUGGAUUUGCGUUUUGCUGGAAUACCGUCCCCAGAAGAUGACCCGGAGGACCUUUGUGUGAAAAACGUCGUCUGCAGGAUAGUCUCCCAGCCGAUGCUGACCUCCAGGGCUCCACCCCUCCCUGCCUCACCAGGAUGGACUCUCCCACCAGCCAGCCGCCCAGUAAGCGCCCGCGGGUCGGGACAGACACCGACUCCUCCGAGACGGCCUCCUCGGGGAAGCGCGCGUCCCUCCCCACCAAGAGGAAAAAGAACACGGCGAACGUGAGGUGGAAGAACUACCGGCGGACGGACGAGGUGGAGGGGAAGAGGAAGUACCAGCGCUACCCCAAACCGCCCUACUCCUAUCUGGCUCUGGUCGUCAUGGCCAUACAGAACGCACCGGAGAAGAAACUGCCACUGAAGGAGAUCCACGAGGCACUUAAGAAAAUGUACCCGUUCUUCCGCGGUGACUACACUGGCUGGAAGGACUCCGUGCGACACAACCUGUCCACCUACAAGUGUUUCUACAAGGUGCCGAAGGAUCCCAGCCGCCCGUUCGCCAAGGGGAACUACUGGGCCGUGCACGACGACAAGGUUCCGAAGGACGCCCUGAAGAAACAGGACAGUUCCAGCGAGCGAGAUGGCGAGGCCGACUACGAGACUCCCGGGUCUGUGUGCACGACUAGUUCGGAAGACUCUGGAAACCUCGCGGGCAGUGAGAGCCCCGCGUCCGAGGUGUCCUCCCUGCAAAGUCCCUUCGCCAUAGACUCUAUCCUACACGCGGCGGGACCGAGCGAGACUGCCACGAGCGGAGGGGCGAGGCCGAGAAUCUCGCCGAAGAAAUUCCAGGACACUGCGGUGCAAUGUGGAGGUGACGACGACUCGUCAGAUUCUGAUUCCGACUUGGAUGUGGACGAUUUCGUGGGAACGGCGAUCAGGACUUCGACGCCGUCGGGGACCGUACCGACGCAGACCGCCGCCGAGAGGCUAUCCUCCAGUACCUGUCCCCCGCGGCACCCGGUCGUACCGUUCUCACAGUACAGGCGGUCUCCCUGUUUCUUCCCGCCGUACAACACCGCUACAAGCUCCAGUUCGAGCUCGCUGUCCUCCAGUGAGUACGAGUGUCACCAGCCCAACGCGCCUGCCUUUCCCUCCAGAAGGUACGGCGACAGAGACUUCCUGGCUACCGGCGCCAGGGCCUACCCGAACUUCCACAGUCUCCUGCCCGCCAGUAACGACAGAAUCCCCGCUCCCAACGCCAACAUCUUCCCCGAGAACAGAUUCUCCGGCGCCACCCCCGUGCGGAGUGCCAGUCCCUUCCCGCAGGACAGAUACCCCUCCCCGAACAGAACACUUAGCGGGUCCGAGGACAGACCGUCGCCGGCUAGUCGGGACUACCAGAGACUGCCCCACCAGGCGUACCCCGCUAACCCGCCCUUGCCGAGGUACGACGUGGUGGACCCCGAGCCGUUCUACCGUCCGACCGGCCAGCAGAUGUUCAACUACGACAAACUCUUGUCCGUGGUUCCGCCCAACAAGAGUGUUCUGGACUUGAUGUGUUACAACCAGCCCAUCCCCUUCUCCAACCUGAGACCGAACUACCCCUCGUACUUCCCGCCGCCGCCUCCCCCACCCCCGAACUUCAGAUACUGAUUUUAAGUGUCCUUACAUUGUAAUAUGCAAACGUUCUGUUGUAAUUGUAUCGAAAGAGUUACACAAGUUGCAGUUUCACUGAAAACCUGUAAAGAGACUCUCCAAUGCAUAUGUUUCUUUAAGGAACUUGUAUUUGCCCAAAUGAUUGUCAUGUCAUCGUUACGGAUUCCCGAUGUAGUAUAUAUAUUUUUCGCCUCUUCGUUUACACUUUGCACAUUGUUUGUUUACCUUUGCACUUUUGAUUUUCCAGUUAUUUUUACAGUACAAGUCAACCAUAAGUAUAAUGGUCUAUGAGUUCAUAUGAAACGCACACAAAGUUGCUGCUACUGUUCGUUAUGUAUAGUAGACAAUCCUUUUGUAAAUAUGUGCCUCUAGUGCCUCUACUGAAAAUAAGAUAGAAACUGUACAGCGACAUUUUCUAUAUUUAUCCAAGUUUUAAGGUGGCGACACUUGUCGAAUAAAAGUUUGUUUUUCAA